AUGGAUAGGCGCUACAAUCCAAUACUAAAGAGAGAUGCCUUGUAUCUCAAACGGGUGGACUCGCUUACGAGGCAAUUCAAAUCUGCGCUCUUGUUCGUGCAUACAGCCUCUAAAAAUACAAGGGCGACAAACAGUAAAAUUGCACCGGAGGAAUUUGUGAAUGCAAAGGUACCCGUGACCGACCGAUAUCUUGGACCUCAUGGAGGGGGUCCCAUGGAAGCAUAUGGAAAAAACUUUGAUGGGUUCAAGGUUUCUCCAAAACAGGCCAAGGGACCGGAGAGCGAUUUUGCCCUGAGUAAUGUAUCCGCCAGAAAGUCCAAAAGGGUCGAUACUAAUCGGACAACGAGUACAUCUACAACUCCUCUAAGUUUGAGAGCACACGGAGAUACGGCAAGGAUAUUGCGGAAGACGUACGAAUGUCAAGUAGGUUUGGAAAAUGAUCUAGAGGCAGCUAGUUCCCUGCAAGCACGUGGAACAGUCCCCUUUGACCGCAAACUCGGGGUACUCAAGGACGCCCUUCGAACAUUGAAUGAUGUUAAGUAA